CCUAAUGGCUUUCGCAUCGCUUUAAACUGGUCGCCGAUUCCCUUCGCCGUCACAUCGGAAAAGAAUAUUGAUGUUCCCAUGGCGCCCCUUUUUCUUGUUCUUCUUCUUCUAAAAACCAAUGCUUCACUCGAUUUCUAGGUUUUUAGUUGGGGGAUUCCGGAGGACGAGACGGUGGGGCGAGGGAGAAGCUUGUCAUGAGGGUCCACCCGGCGCCCAGGAAGCGGAACAUCACCUUCCGCUACGACGCCAAUCCGCGCGUCUCCGCCGCCGGCGCCGGCACGGACGUCGGCGGACGGCAGAAGAAACUCCGCCGCCUGCCCCACAUAUUCAGCAAGGUCCUGGAGCUCCCCCUGGGCUCCGACGCUGACGUCUUUGUCGAGGAGGGCCCCGACGGCUUCCGCUUCGUGGCGGCCACCGAUGACCUCUGGGACGACGUCCGAGCCAACGCCAUUGAGAUCUACCCUGGGGUGAUGAAGGUGGUAAUCAGGCAUGAGGACGGCGAGGUGGAGGAGGAUGAGCUCGAUCUCGACCGGUGGAGGUUCCGGCUGCCGCCCUCCAGUCGGCCGGCGCUCGCCACCGCCGCAUACGCCGACGGCGAGCUCGUCGUCACUAUUCCUAAGGCCGUGCAGGGCACUGGGGAAGCAAAGGACGAGGGAAUUUUAUAUGCCUCUAUCUCUACCUCUGUUUGAGGCGGUUAGUACUCCUCUGGGCGAUCUUUCAUGUAAUUAUGGAAGGUGGCUGGAUUAAUCAAUGUUAUUCCGUUUCUUUAAAAGUUACUUGCUCCCAUAUUUCAGUGCAAUUUUCUAUCUAAUUGGAAAGCAAAUUAUCCUAGUUUUGAGUUAGAUUUAUCA